AUGGCAAGCUACUCACAAGCUUCAUUCUUUGCCCUCUCCCUCUUCAUUCUCUCUCUAUUUGGGUCCUCAAAUGCUUGUGGAAUAGCCAUCUACUGGGGCCAAAACGGCAACGAAGGGACCUUGGCCGCCGCCUGCGCCACCGGGUACUACCAGUUCAUAAACAUAGCAUUCCUAACCACAUUUGGCAGUGGCCAAACCCCAGUGCUAAACUUAGCUGGUCAUUGUGACCCCCCCUCAGGCACUUGCACCACUCUAAGUAAUGAUAUAAGGGCUUGCCAAAACCAAGGUAUCAAAGUGUUUCUCUCUCUCGGAGGCGGCGUGAGUAGCGCUUCCCUUUCUUCACCUGAUGAUGCAAAGCAAGUUGCCAAUUACCUUUGGAACAAUUUCCUCGGCGGCCAAUCGAGUUCUCGUCCCUUGGGGGAUGCCAUUUUAGAUGGUAUCGACUUUGAUAUCGAGUCGGGUUCGGGCCUAUAUUGGGAUGACUUUGCCAGGGCCCUCUCAGAGUUCAGCUCACAGAGAAGGGUGUACUUAUCUGCAGCACCACAGUGUCCUUUCCCUGAUGCUCAGUUAAACACUGCCAUCCAAACCGGCCUCUUCGAUUAUGUUUGGAUACAAUUCUACAACAAUCCGCCGUGUGCAUACAGCGACAAUAGUGCUGAUAAUCUUUUGGCCAGUUGGAAUCAGUGGACUUCAGUUCCAUCUAAUCAGAUUUUCUUGGGUUUACCGGCAGCUCCUGCCGCCGCUGGCAGUGGCUAUAUUCCACCUGAUGUGCUAAUUUCUCAGGUUCUUCCAUAUAUCAAGACUGCUUCCAAGUAUGGAGGGGUCAUGCUCUGGAGCAGAUACUAUGACGACGGGUAUAGCUCAGCUAUCAUAGACAGUGUCUGCUCUGCCAUGAUGGUUUAUGCUUGUCUUACCAAAUAG